AUGAAGUGUAGCCUACUCUUGCUACUGGCGCCGCUCAAAGCCUGGGCUCAACAAUGUGCCUGCGGGUAUGCAAAUCAAGAUGCGUGCGCUUCUGCUCUGGCGGAGCGGGCAGACUCAUAUACAGGCGUCGCUUUCAAAGGACAACCGGGUAGCGCAGAUGAGCGCUCAGAAUAUGCUGCUGCUGCUGCUCUCCCGAACGGGAAGCAGACCGGACCGCAGGAAUAUCCAUUCAUAGCCGCCGUGGUAUACAAACCGGGGCACCAGAGAAUCCUUUGUGCUGGUGCCAUUAUCGAUGAGCAUCACAUACUUAUUGCCGCGCAUUGCGUGCACGGCCUGAAGGCAGACAGCCUCGGCGUCUACAUCGGAUCAAACAGAUUUAACGCGACGGGAGCCAAGUUGGAGACGGUCGAGGCCAUUCAUACGCAUCCUCAAUGGGACCCGGAACUACUAGUAUACGACGUCGCACUGCUUCAGUUACGAGAUGCCUUGAUCUUUGAUCGAUAUACGACAGGGCCCAUUUGUGUUCUUGACCAACGGAAGAGCCUAGACAACCAAAAAGCGGUUGCAGUGGCGUGGGAUUCGGCGACAGACGGAGGACAAGCUGUUUCGUCGCUUUUGCAAGCAACCUUUGAGACCCAUGACCUGGCAUCCUGCAGUGCUCAACCUUCCGGAGGGCCACAAUUCUGUGCGUACUCGGCAGAACCGGCGGGCUGUCAUCAAGGCUCAGAUGAUCCUCUGCUGUUGUUGCAGGACCAAAGUUCCCAGAGAUACUUUGCAAUAGGGGUAUCGUCGUAUGGCCAAAGCUGUAGACAGUCCCCAGAGGUCGUCACCGAUGUCACUCAGCUCAGGCUGUGGAUGCAGAGUGUCUUGCAAGCUGCCGGCGGGAAAAUUUGCAAGUAA